AGUUGACAAAUAAGCGCGUCAAAAUGGCGAAUCGAAAAAACGAUCUUUCACAUUAAUUUCUAUGGUAUGCAUGAUAUACAUUCAGCAGCGAAUCUACAAUGUUAAUUCUUAUAACUUAUGUUAUUUUAAACAAAUCAUUUAAAUCUUAGUAUUGACAAUAAUGAUAUUAAUUUUGAUGUUCUUGUCCUUUUUAGAUUGAGUGGUCCAAAUACUCAGCAUACUAAUCCUGUCAGUUUGAGUGUUCAGUGUUACACACAGUACACUCACUGAAGAUAACUAUACUGAGUUACUGAGUACUUGUUAAGUGUGAGUAGUAGUAGUAUCAGCAGCGAACAUGUCUAAUUAAAUUGAAAAUUUUAAAUGACAUGAACCUGAUGAUGGACAGCACUAACAUUACUUUUAUCACUGCAUCUGAAGCCAUAGAGCAACAAUUAAAGACACUUGGUUUGUGGGAGUUCCCUUGUGGACCAGGCUCAUGGGUAUUAAAAUGAUUAUAUUAAAUAAUAAUUAAAUGCAUGUAAAUUUUUAAAUAAAAUAACAUUACAUAAUCAAAAGUCAAAGUUUAAAACUACAAGCUGUCUAAAAUUUAUUAAUUAGAAUGUAAGCUUGCCAACAUUGCCACCAAUAAUAUACUUUAAAUACUUGCACAUUUUUAAGCAAAUAAAAAGCAAGUGAAACAUUUUUCAGCGUGAACCUCAACCAAUUUCAAAGUUACCAUCAAAGAAACAAAAAUCAAAGUUUAAAGAAGUAAAAUCUACAGUUCCAGAGAAAGUUGACUGUUCUGAAAUAGAGAGAAUAAAAUGUAUGAUUUUUUUUUAAAUUGUGUUCUUUCAAUCUUUACAUUCUUUAGGCUUUAGGUUUCAAUUAUUUCAAAAUUUAUAAAGUAGCUAGCAGAUCUCUUUGUAAAAUAAGGAACCAUGUCCAUUAUGAAAUUUUGUUUCUUGAAUAAUGAUGAAUUAAAGAUCAUCUUUUUGGAUUAUUUGUUUUAUUUUAUUUUAAAAACAGUGAUUUAAGGAAAAAAAUGUUGUUGUUUUUGCAAAAUGAAGAUAGUAAUUCCUAAUAAAUUAUAUUUUCUUUUAGUGUUGGCUGAAAAAGAAAAAACAGAAGCCUUGCAGGAACUUGUUAAUUCACAAUUUUCCCCGUGGCAUAUUGACUAUACCUGGAGUAAUGAAUCCAAUGAGCUGAGAGAGAUAGCAGUGAAAACCCCUUGGCUUCUUAAUGCAGAUUUUGUAUUGAGUUAUUUAAAAACUGUCAGAAUUUGUGAUAAAAAUGUAAAUAUACUUUGAAUGACAAAGAUCAUAAGCCACUGACUUAACAAAAUAUUGUAAAGUAAAUAAUAGAUGUUACCACAGCGUUUAUGUUAACUUUCAAAUGGAAAAUAUGUUGAUUUUUUAAUAUUGCCUGUGAAGUUAAAAUUUCAGCUUGUGCACAAUAUUAAUUGAAUUUAGUUAUUACUAUCAGAUUAUUAGCUUUUUAGAGCUUUUAACUACGAUUAUGGAUUAUUUUAUUUAAAUUUCCGUUUAUAGCCAUUUAAUAGCAAAUAAUUUGGCAUUUUUGUUUCCCUAGGUUACAAUUGUGGACAAAAAGAUUUUGGAGCUAAAAAAUUUGGAAGAGUUAACUCUUAGUGCCAAUUACAUCACAUCUAUUAAUUCUUUAAACAUACCUAAAAAGUUAAAGGUAGACACCUUUUUUUUCAUUUAAUUAAGGAUUUCUUAAGCCUGUUUAAUGAAAAUUUUACUGAGGGAUUACUUAAUAAGGAGGACCUUAACUUUUUAUGUAAAAUAUUUUCAGAUUUUAGAACUCUGUGCCAAUCAAAUCUCAGAUGUUUCUUCUUUGUGUUUAAGACCACCUCCCCUCCAGCAUCUUGGCCUCAGCAAAAAUCUAAUUUCCUUUCUUGGAGAUUGUUUUAGCGGUCCUUACUGGUACAUAAAAUAUUUCUAAAAAUUUAACAUCAGUAAAAUUAGGCCUUUAUAUUUAGGCCUCUCUAAGUACUGAGAGUGACAUUGAUGAAAUUAAUAAUAUCAAUAAUCUUUGAAAUGUUGUGGAAAUGUCAGCAUCCCACUCAUGAUGUCAUUAUGUGGUAAGAAAUAAACCCUAAAUAAAAGAUUGUCAACCGAAAAAAACAAAUAAGCAGCCGGCCAACUUGGCUUUGGAUUAAAAAGUUAUUUAUUUAAAAAUUGCUAUCCCAACUUAAUGAUCAUACUGAAACAAAUCAGUUUAUCUUCCUGCAUUUUGCAAUCAACUUUAGCUCUUAAGAAUAAAGACAAAAAUAAUUUUUUUGUAUUCAAUUUCUUCUGGGUUUAUCAAAAAAGAUAUUUAUGAUUGUACCUCUAUGACUAUGAUAUUUAAUUGCUGUUUUACAAGGCUGACAAGAGUAAUUAUUAUUUCUAUCACCUAAUUACACCCUUUGCAGGCCUAAUCUUUUAUCCCUGGAUUUGAGCCACAAUGACCUGUGUGGAUUGGUUAAUGUUAUCUCAACAUUAUCAACACUUCCAAAGUUGAGACACCUGAUCCUUAACGGAAAUCCUCUUUCUGUGAGAUAUUUAAUAGUACAGCUAAUAAUUAUUAAACAAUGUUAGAAACUAAAAUAGUUUCUAAAACAAUAAAAUUUAGUGUGGAUAAACAAGUAGCAAAUAUUUUUAAGGUUAUUAAAUAAACUCCUAAUCCCCUCCCCCUCCUAAUCCUGUUCUUAGUCUGGUAAGAAAUGUGAACAUUUGAUGAAACUCAAGAAAGGCAUGAACUAAAACUAACAAAUAAGUUAGGUUAAAGCUUGCAUGUUAAGUUAUAAAAAUUGUGUGAUUAUUUCUCUUUAGUUUAAAAUUAAUUCCUUAUACCAAUGAAAAAAUCACUGAGUUUCUAUAUGAUUGAUUUCCCAAAGGUAAUCUCUUAAAAAAGCAUAGAUGAAACUUGAAAGGGAAUUAAAAUAAUGACAAAGUCAGUUCUGGCACAUUAUGAUACUGUCAGAUAUAUUAAUAGUUUCUUUUUUUCAGAAUCCUAUUGAAAGUAUGUAAAGCUAUUUCAGUUUGUUAUAUCUUUUAACAUUUUUAUGAAGAUGAAUGUUACAAAUUUCAGUUAGGUCUUGCCUAUAGAGGACACACAAUCGAUACAAUCAAGCAGCUGGCUGUGUUUGAUGAUAAACAUAUUUCUGUGGAUGAAAAGCUCUCUUGCCAUGGAAUCAGUACAAUGAAAGGUUUGUUUUCCUUUUCUUUAUUAUCUUUUAACUUGCAUUUUAUCAGUGAUCAGACUUUACUGUCUUCCUGUAGUUGUUGUGCUGUCAUAUUCAACACAUUUAGAACUAAAAAUUUUAUAAGUGUACCUGUUCUUAAGACCAGAUUGAUGUGGGAGGAUGUUGUAAAUCCAUGUGCAACAACAUGCCCAACAACCAACAAUAAGUUCAUGUUUUUUUUUAUUUUGAUAUUUUUAACAACUGUUUUGUUAAAAUUUUCCAAAUUUAACAUAAACCAGACCAGCUGCAUGUUUUUGUUGUUUAACUGUUUCCAAACUCUGAGUAAAUUUAAAAAAAAAAAAAACUUUUAAAUUAGCUCCAAUUUGGCAUCAUAGCUCCAUAAAUUUUAAUUUCUUACUAAUUUAUCAGAUGCAGAAAAUAUAAAUUAAGCCUAGGAAAUUUGAAAAUGAAAAUUAAAAAUAAUGAAACUCUCAGUAACUUCAUAAAAGUGAUUUGUGUUAUUCCUUGCAGAAGUGAUAAGAGAUGAAGCUCACUUUCAAAUUCAUAUCUCAUAUGUAAAAGGAAUUCCAUGUCCAGAUGAGAUCAAGGUAAAGUUUUUAUUCUGUAAUCCCUAACUCUAGCAAUAGCACAGAAAAAGAUUGAAACAUUGCAUGAAAAAGUACAGGCCUUUUUGUAAUAAAAGUUUAUUUUUUUUAUGUAAUGAAAUCCAAAAUUUCAUCUGAAUUAAAUUAAAUACAUUUUUAGUCUGCUAGAAAUGUAUUUGUUAAAAGGAUAAUAGAAAAUUAUAUUAAAUAUUUUAUUUAAUGACAUACAAUUACUUUUAUUCUUAUAACCAUAUUUUUAAUCAGUGUUUCAUUUAUAGUUUAAAAAUCUUAUUCUCUGAAAUAACACUAACAAAUAAUCUGACCUUAUCAAACAUAAAAAGAAAUCACGGGUGCUCAUAGUGAGAUAUAAUCUUUUUGACAAGAUACAGAGUACCAUAUUAAUUACUUAAUUUUAUGCUGCACAUUUUUAUGGUCCUUUUUGAGAAUCAGCCUUAAAGGUGAUGAGGGUUACUUACCACAGAUGCUCCAUAUUUUUCUGCAUUGUUAUAACGAUGAACUGAAAACUUUGAAAAUGUUUUAAAGGCACCUAUAAUUAUGGAGAACCCCUUUUCACCUGAUUAUUAUUUGAAUCCAUUACUAUGCAGAUCUCUAGGCUACUAUUAUAUUCGCCAGGGGAGGGGGCAUCCCUUACCCCCUAAAAUCUUUUACCUAUUUACCUACACCGCUGCUUGUAACCUCUUGACCUUCAUCAUAAGCUGAGUUUUGAUGAUGAACUUGAUGAACAACUUAGUCAGACACAUCCAAUUACAAAAGUACGGUGUUAAUCUUAUUUUGAUACCAAUCUGCAAAUGACUUUUGACACAAAAAGUACAACGUAUAGAGAAACCUAAUCACUGAUAAUGAUAAGAAACCUAAUAACUUAAAUGAAGACUUUAUUUUUAAAAGGUUAUGUUUUUGUUUCAGAAUAAGGAUCAGAAUCAAGAUAUGUUUGUAGAGAGACUCUACUUUGUUCAGUUUGAGUUUCCUGAAGACAGAAAGUAUGUGAAUAAAAGGGACACUCAUGAGGAUGUGAUAUCAGUUAAAGAUGGUGAAGGAGGUGUAGAGAAAUGCCAUUCUGAACAGAUGAUGGCAAGAGCCACAGACUCAACUUUAAAAAAAGUAAUAAAUAUUUUAUAAAUUUCAGCUCAUAGUUAUUAUUCUUGAUCAACAUCAAAUUGAACAAAAAAAUAAUAAUAAUAACCUAAUAUUACAAUUGACAAUAGCUGCAUAAUUCUAUAGCAGUGUCUAUUUGUCCUCAGUGAAAGUCAGCCAUUAAUAAAGUUAAAUAAUUUUGAAAUAUAUUUGAUAUUUUCUUGAUAUUGCAUACUUUAUGUUGAAUGUUUGAGAAAAAUAUCAGCUGAAUUGUUUUAGACUUAGAGUUAUUCCAAUUUCUUUAUAUUAGUCUAUGUUUAGAUGCACCUAUAUUUUUUACCUUAUUAUUUUUUUAAAUCUCAUUAGUAUGUACAAAAGGAUCCCAAAGCAUCACUUAUAUUUACCAUGGGGCUCCCUUUCCUCCUAAUAUCUUUUAUUUCAAAAAAAAGAGAAGGAAAAACAAAAUAAAUCUUUUACGACACUUCUGCUUGUGACCUAUUUCAGUUGCUAAUGUCCCAGACAUCUCAGCCUGACACAAAUGUAGGUGAAAUGGUCAGUCAGUCCGAAAAGGGUCAGCAUUCAGAAAUUCUUACUGUUCCAUACCAAAGUGAGUAGCGGGACAUCUUACCUUAUACAUUCUCUUUUUAUAUCCUUCAAUUCUUCUUAUCAUCUUUGAUAAUUAUUUUAAUAAUCUUUCUUAUACAGGUAUUACAAAAGUGUUUUUGUUGGGUGCUGUUUAAAGAAAAUAAUAGAGGCUCAGCUGUUUAGCUUUAUUUAUUAUCAUCUAUAACUCAAAGUAAAACAACAUUGUUUCUUUUAUAUUUAUUUUACAUUUUAACUCCUUCAAUGUUUAAAAAUGUUAGAUUUUAAAUUAUAAUAGUCCAAAACAGAAAUUUGUACCAUGAAAAAUCUUAAUUUCUGUGUCAAAAUGAAUGCAAUCAACCAGUGCCAGAUUUUUCUAUAGGCUAAGUAGACAUAAGCCUAAGGCCUCCAAAAUAUAGGGGGCCUCAAAAUUUAAAUAAUUUUUUAGAUUGCCGUUCUAAAAAAAAUUUUUUGAAUAUUCCAAUUAAUAAUAAGAUCAUUUGAAAAGAAAAUUAAUCACAAAUGAUUGUAGUUAAAUGCAAUAAUGCUCAAUUCUGUGAUAUUAAAAGGAAUAACUACUAAACCAUCACACGAUCGAACAGCAUGGCUAAUUUAGUUUUUAAUUCUUGCAUUACUGAGCCCGGUUGGUAUGCUACAAAGGUGUGCAGCCAAAAUCAUUGAAAACAAACAAAAAGUUGCAAAUUUUAUUCCAUGUGCUGUUCACUCAUUACAUUUAUUAUUUGACCUUUCAAAUCUUGAUUUCUGUCCUGUUGCAAUGAGUUUUUAAAUUAUUUUUGGAACUUCAUUCAUUGCCUUGAUGGGAUGUAGGCCUACAUGUAAAAGCCACAGAGGCUAUUUUGGAAAGCUACAUUGAUAAUAUUGAUAUCACUCAUGCCCCUUAUAUUUAUAUUCUUAUGUUAAUCAACAAGCUGAAUGAUACCAGGCUUCGAGCAAAUGAUUUUUUUUUUCUCCAGAAAAUAGAAGAAUCGGGACUUAUGUUCAUGCUACAUUUUUGUCCCCGUAUUUUACAUUAUUUUCAAAAACACUAUUGAGAAAUAAUAACUAUUUUUGAUGGGCUUACCAUAAUUUUAAGAGUUGAAACUAGGACGAGUAGCAUAAGGGUGUGGGGGGUCUCCCUGGACACUUUUCUUGAUGUUAAUUACCAACACUAUUUAACAGAUGUUCGUGUCUAGGGGAAGGGAUAAUUUUUUAGUCCCCCCUGUGGCAUUCAGUUAAGGUACUGACUAUUUAACACACAAUGUCUACAAAGUCACAUCAUUUGUUUGGGUAUUUGGAUAUGGAAUGGCUAUUAAUUCUAUAAUUUUCUUCCUUUAAUCUAAUUUUUAAUACAUGUCUCUAUUCUUUUCAUACAAAACUUCAAAACAGCUCAGUAAUGGGAAAUUUAUUAUAGUCAUGAGAAGAUUAAUGACUGUAAUGCUGGCAUACUGCUAGUAUCUUCUCAUAAGAAAAAAAUGGGUGGAGGGGGUAUAGGCUGCAGGCCGAAUAUAUGGCUCAGGCCUAAAAUUAAUUAUAUGCAGAGACCACUAAAAUUUACAUGUGAAACUUCUCAUAAUUAAAUGUAUGUUGCUUACUACAAGCUUUAAAAAUUUGCAGUCUUUAAAUAUAGAAUUUAACUUUGAUUUUAAAAAAUCUUAAAUUUGAUACCAACAUAGUUCUGAUUAUAACAUGUAUGAGACUAUCUAAGAAAACAAAUCACAUUAAUUUUGACAAAAACUGAGAUUGAAAAAGGAUUGACAAUUCAAACCAGUCAGGAUAAUGCCUUUUAAAAAGGGACAAUCCCAUUCAAACCAGCCCUAUAGUAACAUAAUUAUUGGGUACAUCUCCAACUUAGCACAGUUCAAAUGGACGUUUUUUUAAACAAAAUUGGAAAAGAUUUUGAUGAAUUUGAACAACUUAAUACUUUUUGGUUUAUUUAUUAAAAUAUUUUUCUGAAACAAACUGAUUAAAUCUUCUUCUGUAUCGGGUAGUCAUCAUGGGGAAUGUUUAAUGAUAAGUAAUAUUUAGAUAUGCACAAUCAAGUAGACAUCACCACCUCAAGAAAACAUUCCAAGUGAUUAAAUGUAUUUUUUUUUAGAAAAAUAAAUAAUAGAUUUAAAUAAAAUUUAUAACAGUAUACUAACAAUUUGUGUGUGCAAGGACAAACUAACAAGUGCAAAAGUUAUUUUUUUAAAACAGCUUUUGACUACCUUGACUACCUCAAAAUUUAAUUAGUCUAGGGCCUCUGGUUAGCUUAAUAUGGCCAGCAUAAGUGUCCAUCCAAAAUUAUUGAAAUGUUCUUGAUCUUGUCAUGCUUUAUUACCAAGGUGUAUUUAUUUUAUUGCGUAAUAUGUUAAGGCAAAGCACCAGACGUUAACACUGUGAUCGAAGAAACACCUGUUUCAAUUGAAGCCGCUGAAGGGGUUCACAAUGACCUUGAGUUGACAUUUGAAGAAAAUCCCCCAGUGACAGUUAUUAAAACUACACCUCUGCCAUGGGCCCAGGAACAAACUCUGAACUGCUUGAUGGAUUUCAAGAGAAAAGAUUUGUUAGCUCUGAGGAAUUUUUUUAGGAAAGGCAUGCAAAUGAGUGUUGUGGAGCAAUUGGUAAAUAUGGCAUUCAUAGUUGCUCAACAAACUGUUUGGUUUGGGUGGGGGGGUUUGAGCUUUAUGUUCAUUUUAGUGUCUUGACUUUUAUGUAGAAUGGACCCCCCCUUUUCUCAGUUUGAGAUACAGCACACCGUUAACUCUCUCCUUCACAUAUUGUAUUUAGCCCAUUGAUUGAUUCAGCGGGAGGACACAACUAGAAAGUUGCAUUUCCCAACAUUUCUCUUGCCAUUUUUUUCUCCACUGAGAACACAUUUUUCUUGCUCUGGCAAACAAAUUAGGCCUACUUUGUUAUUAUUUUAAGUAUGACUUAUUGUAUGUUAUGCCCUUUUUUUUUAUAGAUCUGUGUGUCCAUUACUUAGUUCUAAGCUCCUUGUUUGAGAAUAUUUUAGCUCAUUUACUGUGAUCAUAAAAGGGAUUUUUUUCACAUUCUUUAUAUUUAGGUUUAUUUAUCACUAAUUUUUACUGGACAUAAAAUCAACUAUUCAGCAAUUCUUUGCCCAGAUUAUAGGCACCCCAGAUUUACAAAGUGCAGCAUUAAAAGAGGAAAAGGGAGGUAAAGGUAAAAGUAACAAGGUAAAUAUCCAUGGAUGUAUAUUUUAUUCCACUGUAUUGCUUGUAUUGACUUUGAGUGUUCCAUUUUUAAUCCUUUAUUUUGACAUAAAUUUAAACAAUUAAAACAACAAUGGAAUUCAGAUUAAUAAAUUUGAAAAAGAAUUAGUUCUAAGGGACUAGAUCAGGGGUUAAAAUUAUUUUUUAAAUUUCAAAGCCCCUUUGAUGAUGCAAUAAAAAUCUGGGGACUCUCAAUCAAAAUUUGAAAUAAAAGGUUUUUCGAAUGAUAAUAAUUUAAUUUUUACUUCUUUAGUGUAUAAGAAAUGUUAAAAUUAGUCGAGCAACACAACAUUUUCAUUCUAAACUAAAAAUUUAUUUUUAAUGUGAAGGAAUGUUUUGUUUUUUAAUGGACCGAAUAAAUUGGGCUUAUAGAUUUUAAGCUUUAAUCUUUACUCAUUCCAAGUUAAACACAUUAGCUGUUUAAUUUUUAAUAUGAUAACAUGGCUAAAUCUUGUUUUAACCAUAUGCUAAAAGAAAAGGUAGCGCAGGUAUUUCAAUUAUUUAGGUCAUGUUUCAGGCACCAGUUUUUUCUUUUAAAAAAAAAUAUUAUAUAUAAACCCAUGAUCAAGUUCAGUACCGUAUUUUAUUUUAUCACAAUACUUGAUGGAAUAUCACCCUGAUAUAAAAAAUUUGCUAUAGAUAUUGCCUAGUCGCAGAAUAAAUACAACUGCUUUUACAUCUCCUCCCUUUUAAUGAAUCUGAUAUGAGCUAUGACAUAAGUAAUGUAAUAAUUUCACAAACUUGUUGAUUUCUCAUCUGUCUGUUGUUUUUUUAAAAAUAUAAUCUAAGGAUGUUUUUGUGUUAAUUUUUUGUUGUUGAGUUCAAAAUGAUCUGAUUUUUACAGUCAUUGACAAAGCAAAAGCCAAUGGAAGAAAAAAUAAAAAGCGGUCAGAAAAACUUGAAAAAGGUCUUUACUUCCAUAAAAUCUUUUAUAUUUAGCAGAUUAAAGAUAUAUAUCGAUUGACCUAUAUAUAUGUAUAUGUAUAUGUGUGUAUAUAUAUAUAUAUAUAUACAGGGUGGGCCAAUAAAAGUGAGAACAUUUCGCAAAAUAUUAUGCUACGAAAUGUUCUCACUUUUAUUGGCACACCCUGUACAUUGUACAUAUAUACAUUACAGAACCUAGCUGUAGAUAUAUAUUUUUUAAUAUAAAAUUAAGUUUAAAUUCUUUCUUUAUUUCUUAAUGAAUGUAUCAGAAAUCCAACGUAAAGUUGAAUGUGUCUAUCCUUGUAUCAUAAAAGUAUAUAUUACUUGACUUGUAUAGCUUUNUUUUCCCACCAACCACAAACUAAUCACUUUAAGUUGUUCUUAAUUUUGAAGAUGUUUCUAAAGUGAUGUCUUGUUUAGUCUCUGUAAGGCCACCAUCUCCCCAUUGCAUGCUAAAUAGUAGAAGAGUAUGUGGAUGUGGGUUUAGGACACACUCCUUGGUGUUAACCCCAAUCUGAGAAAUAUUUUAAUAAUGGAAAUAAAAUUAAAAAUAUGAAAGUACAUUCCCAUUAAUUUUAUAAUAAACUAAAUGAUCAUAAAUCAGUAAAGGUUGCUGACACUUAGACAAAUGUAUUAAAAUGUUUUUUUAUAUUCCUUAAUAAAUGUCAGCAAAGGCUGUCUCUAAAAUGUUUACAAAAAAAACUGUAUCCAAAAAUGUCAAAUGUGUAAAAAAAAAGAAAAAAGUUACUUUAUUGAAGAAUUGUUUUUUUAAAAAGGUAAGCUAAAAUGAAAAAUCAAAGUUAUUUUUUUAUAUUGCUUUUUCAUUUAAUUAUUGCUGAUUAUUGGCUAUAAAUAAUUUAUAAAUAGCCAUUCAAAUUUAUGGAAAAGCUUAUAUUUGCCAAAAAGAUUAUGUUGGCAGUCAUCUUUUCAUCUCAGUACCAACUAGUACCAUUUCUUUUGGCACAUGCUGCAUAUAUCCAUAAAUGGUUAACAGACAGAGCCUCCUUUGAACAGCAAUGUUAUUUAUUGAAUAUCUUUAUCAUACUUGAUUUUAGUUCAUGUACACUGAUGCUACUCAAAAUACCUGUUGUUGAAGACUAUUUAAAAAAAAAUUAAAUGGCUUUGGACUGGUCUUCCACAGCUCUGGCCCCCCACAGCGUGUGAAUGAACUACUAACCACUCAGCAUUUCCUUUUUUUACAAACAUGGAUUAGUCUUUAGUUGAUUUUAGAAAAUUUCUUGUCUUUACUUUCCUUAACAUUCUAUAAGAUUUUCUAUAAGUUUACAUUUCCAUUUUAACUGUAAUUUACCUUUACCAUGUCUAAAUAAAAUAGAAAAUUUAUCUUCGUACAUUUUUUUAACCCAAUCAUAUUUAUAUUUAUAUAAAAUGCAUUUCAUGAGUAUGAUAAUCAUUACAGUUAUCAUUAUUUUGUCCCUUCGUUAAGCCUUUAUUCGAUAGUUAUUAAAAAAAUGUAAAUCCUUUAAUGCACAUUAAAUUCUUACUGAAAGUAUAAAAUGACAUUUUUAAUACAUGACUUUGUGAGAUAAAUAACUCUUUGGUUUCUAUAUAUAUAUAUAUAUAUUUUUUUUUUUAAAUAUUUAUUUUACACCUAGUUUAAAUUAUGUUACUGCAUUGAAUUAUGUGUAUAUUCCUUUAUGGCUUUAUUGAAAAAGUACAUUUUCAACAGGAUUCUAAGAAGAAAAAAGAGACAGACCAUGUGAAAUUAGACCCUGUCUUUUCCACUGUUGCAUCAUUCAACAUUCCACUGGAGCUCUUCUUAGAUGGGGAAUAUGAAUAUAAAAAUGUAUUUACUGAACUAAAUUUGCCACCACCAACUGCCAUUCCAUCGAAUGAAGAUGCCAAUUAUGUAAGUCUCUAUAUAGACAUCAUCUGAUCCAAAUACCAGUACAGACAUCCAUUAGUCAAGCUAUUAAAUUAAAACCUAAUGCAAAUUGUUAAUGCUAUUUGACAUGGACACAUUAGUGAUAACAAUACUAUAAAUAUAUAAAUAAUUUUUCAUCGAAAUAAAAAUCUGUUGCCAAUUUAACAUAAUUUAUGUUAUUUUUUCAAAGAACCAAUAGAUACAGCAAAGGGUGAAGAAUGUGAAUGUUUUAUGACAUUUUAUUCUUACCAAUUUAAAGCAGUAGUUGGAAUUUAUUUCUCCCUCAGAACAAGAGCAAAGAAAAAAAGAGAGAGACUGAUGGUCAGCAGGACAGAAACAGAAGUACUGGACUAUUUUUAAAUCUCAUUUAGACAGUGCUUCCCAGCCUUGUAGCCUAAUGUUUACUAUAGAAAUUAAAUUUAUAGUGGUGGGCUUCAAUCAGACUAGUCAAGCCAUUACAAAGAAUGAAAUAUAGUCAAACCUGAUGCAAAAAAACAAAAAGAUCUCCAAGUUGGCUGUGUAAUGUAAAGUUGGUUUAAAUUUGUUUAAAAUUCAGAUAGUUUUUAUAUUUCUUGUAGCUGAAAGUUUUCUGCCUACAUAUUCAUGUAAUAAUUUUUUUUAAAGUUUCACAUUAAUAUUGAUCCUAUAAAUCAGUCCAGUUUUUUUAAACCUAUAGUAAGUAUCUAUUCAUUUAAUGUAUGCUGCACAACUAUUAUCAUUUGCUUUGUGUAACCUGGAUUAAAACAUACAUUUGAUCAAAUAAUACUUUUAUCUGGUUAGCAACUUUAAAAGAUUGGUAUUAUUUUACUUGCUUUUAGAGACAUUUUUUAAAGAGUUCAAAAAAUAUUUAAACAAGAAAUUUAAUUAAAUUUAAUUUUAUUACUUUCCCCACAAAUAUAGGUGCCAGAAAAUCUCCGGGCAAAGACAAAGGGAAAAAAAAGGAAACCCCAGAUAUUCAUUUGGAGUCUGGUCCUAAAGGCCUGGAAAUGGAAGUGACUAUGAAACUAAGGCACUGGUUGACAGUCAAGGAUAUAGUCAGGGUAUAGAUGACUCAUUAAAUAUUAACAGCGGAAGAGUAUAGAAUCAUGGUGAAAUUGGGUUGCAUUUUAUAUAAUAAAUAAUUCCAAUCUACAAGUAUUAUAAUUAAAGUUUAUUAUAAUUUGAACAAUUAAUCUGAACAAGACUUCUGUUGUCAUAAUUGGAAUAAAUUUUUUUUCUUAUAUUUUUUUUAGUCUUUUUACUCUCGAAACAGCUUGACUAGAUCUGAACAAAAGAACAAACAGGACUAACAAAAUUAUAUUCAGUUUUGAAACACUUUAAUAAAUACUUUAAGCAAAAUAUAAACAACUUUAUUAAGAACUUUCUAAAUGUUCAUUUGUAAUAAUAAUGUCCAAGGUUUAUCCAAUGAAUGCAGACAAAGGAUUAAAAUGCAAUAUUGUAUGUCAUG